AUGGCGGACGAUUUAUCAAUGACAGACGCAAGGAACGGCCAGGAGGAUGAACUCGUCUUGAGUCUGGCGAAGGGGCGGGUGCGGAGAAGCACAGCGGGCGGACGUAUGACGGCUCUCAUCGACGCAGAAGCUGACGAUGAGCUGGCCCUUCUCUUCGCGGAACAGGAAGAUGACGAAGAAUUUAUAGGCGCCUCAGAAGAAGGGAAUGAGGAGGAAGGAGAAGGCGGUGAGGAAGCGGACGACAUGAUCAUCGACUCUUCAUCCGACGACGAAGAUGAUCAGGGUCCCAAUGCGCAAGAGGAUGAGUUGGAAGGUGAAAGGGAGCUGCAGAGGCAGGCUAAGGCAGAGCGGCUAGCGAAGAAACGAAAGGAACAGGAAGGUGGAAUAAAAUUCCCCGCGUUGCGGAAGAGGGUUAAAAUCGAUCCCUCUGCGGCGGGGAGGGGGCCAGCGAUCCCAACCUCGCGCCCGAAGAAGAAAUCAGAGCGGAUAUCCUGGCUUCCAACGCCGGAGGAUGGGCCGACACGUUCCUCGUCCCGAAAGCAGACUGUGCAAAACAAGGAGAUGACACAUGCGCGGUUGAAGGAUAGUGAGGAGAGGCGUGUGCGGUUGAUUGCGACGAUGGAAGAGGCGGCGAGGCGGAAGCAGAAGUUGAAGCCGAAAGUGAUGACGCAGGCGGACCGUUUGGCGGAGGCGGCGAAGACGGAGCAGCUGAAUAGCAAGAGUUUGAAUCGGUGGGAGGAGAUGGAGAGGAAGAGGACUGAGGAGCAGCAGGCACGGCUGGCGGCGUUGCAGAAUCGGAGGUUGGAAGGGGCCGUGAUGACGUGGUGGAGCGGAUUUGCGAAGUGGAUUAAUGGGAAGUUGGUGCAGGUUGGGAUGAAGGAGAUUAGUCAACCAGCGGAGGGUGAGAGGAGGAGGAAGGGGAAGGAUGGCGACGAUUUGUCGAAGAGGGGGAAGGCGAAGAAAGGGGAGAAAGGGGAGAAGGGGGAGAAGGGGGAGAAGGGUGGUGAUAAGAGCAGUGGAGCGGGUCAAAGUUUAGAAUCACACAGUAGGAAGAAGGGGGAUGGACAGGCCCAGGAAACGAAGAAAGAUGAUCAAACACAGCACAACACAUUUACGUCGCAGGCGCCAGCGAAUUUCUUGGAUGGAAUUCAUCUGUUUGCUUCUAUGAAGGAUGAUACGUCGAUGUCAUCUGCGGCUCCUCAGGGCCAACCAGCGAAAGCCCCUGUAUCACAAGUAUCCACACCCCCAAAGCCAUCAACAUCUCAACAACGACAACAAAAACCGCGUUUCCAGGCACCAACUGUCGAAGGAAUACCAGCAACGACUACAACAGCACUAGUCCUUCCGGUACCUGCAUCCAAAGAGUUGAAAUCUACACCACAGCUGUCACAAACAGUAGAUGAAGAACCUCAGAAACGAUCCCUGCGAAUUGAGGUUGAGAUAAUGAGGUCUGAAGACAGCCCAGCGACAGGGUCACCGUCUUCGCAGCAGCCACCUAAUGAAAAACCGGAGACGCAAGCAGCACCUCUACAAGUCAAAGAGAACAAGAAUAGCGAUGAUAGCGAUAACGCUCAACACCAACAAACUCAAUCCCAACCCACCCCUACUACUCCUUCACCACUCAUCCAACAACCACCGCCGGAGCAAAAACAGCGGCUGGAGCAACAUCAAGAAAAGGAACAGGGACAGCAAGAACAAAAUCAACAACCUAUACCCACCCCACCACCGGCAAUCGAAUACUCAUCCCGCAACCUCAUAAUCCUCGAAAACUUCGAAAACAAAACCCCUCAAGAACGAGAAGAGUACAAUAUAUUCUUCAAUUCCCGCAAACCGCAGAAACUACAAAAAAUCCCCCAAGAGCUCUGUCCCAUAACCUCCCGCCCCGCCCGCUACCGCGACCCAGAAACUAACCUCCCCUACGCCAAUGCUGCCGCCUACCGCGAGAUCCGCCAGACGUUGGCGAACCGGUACGCCUGGAGCGGGUUGCUAGGCUGCUUUGUGGGCCCCGUGGGUGUGGGUGCGAGAGGUGUGCCAGAGAGGUUCUUGGCGCCGAAUGCGCCGCCACCGUCGUCUCUGCAGGAGGGGAGUAAAGGUGUUUGA